AUGGAUAAUCUGGAGAAACAGCUGAUUUGCCCAAUAUGUUUGGAAAUGUUUACCAAGCCUGUUGUGAUCCUACCCUGUCAGCAUAACCUGUGCAGAAAAUGCGCGAAUGACAUCUUUCAGUCUCGUGGCAAAGCUGGAGUUUCAGGGGGUCGUUUCCGAUGUCCAUCCUGUCACCAUGAGGUUAUUCUGGACAGACAUGGAGUUUAUGGACUGCAAAGAAAUUUAUUGGUGGAAAAUAUUAUCGACAUUUAUAAACAAGAAUCUUCAAGGUCUACUGCAAAACCUGAACAACCGACAUGUGAAGAGCAUGAUGAGGAAAAGAUUAAUAUAUACUGCACUUCAUGUGAGGUACCCACCUGCUCACUAUGCAAAGUGUUUGGUGCACAUAAGGAUUGUAAAGUUGCUCCUCUUCUAACUGUCUACACACAUCAAAAGUGUGAACUUAAUGAUGAAGUCGGAGCACUUGUUGCAGCCAAUGAUGCAACUCAAACAUUCAUUGCUCACCUGGAAGAAACAAACAAAAAUAUUGAGGACAACUGUAGAGGCCAAAAACAAAUUAUGUGUGAAAAGUUUGAUUCCCUGAUUGCAAUCUUGGAAGCGAAAAAGCAGAUGAUGAUGCAAAAAAUCACAAGUGAGCAAGAUGAAAAAAUGAACCACUGCAAGUCUAUGAUAAAAACAUACUCUGAACGUAUACAAUCCAUGUCCAAGCUUGUAGAAUCUGCACUUCAAUCACUAGAGGAACCACAAAUGGCAGUCUUUCUACAGAACGCAAAGAUACUGACAGCAAAACUUUCAGAGGCAACUAGAGCAUCGGUGAUCGAAGAUUUGGAACACAGUUAUGAAAAUAUGGAUCACUACAAUGUAGAUUUUGAGAAAGAACAAAAUCUACUCCAAGCAAUUAAUUUCCUCAAAGUUGAGGAGGAAUCUGAAGAAGGAUUUGAAGAUGGGGAAGAUGCUGCAGACAAGGAUGAAGACACUGAAGUUGUGACUGGAAAUUUAGAAGAAUCAAGAACUGAACCUUCAGAUGUUGUGGUCAAUGUCCUUGCAAUGGAGAAAUCUAACACUGAGUUUUUAGAUUUUGUGGCUGAAGGCUCUUUAAAAGUAGAAUCUACCACUGAACCUCUAGAAGCUCCAGAUAACUUUUCUUCGACUCAAGAGCCCCACACAGAACUUGCAGGUACUUUAGAUGAGGUUUAUGAGGAGGAAAAGCCCAACAUUGAUUCUUUAGGGGCUGUUGUUGAAGUUUAUGAAGAUGACGAGCCCAGUGUUGAUUGUUCAGGUGCUGUGGCUGAGGUCCCUGGAGGGAAAGGGACCAGAGCUGAGUCUUCAGGUGCUGUGGUUGAUGUCGCUGAAAAGGAAGAGCCCAGGUAUAAGUGUUUAAGUGCUGUGGCUGAAGCCUUUGGAGAGAAAGAACAUAGUUCUGAGAUCUUAGAUGCUGUGACUGAAGUCCCUGAAGAGAAAGAGGCCAGUUCUGAGUCUUCAGAUGCUGUGGUUGAAGUCCUUGAAAGGGCAGAGUCAAAUGCUGAGUCUUCAGAUGCUGUGGUUGAAGUCCCUGAAGAGAAAGAGGCCAGUUCAGAGUCAUCAGAUGCUGUGAUUGAAGUCCUUGAAAAGGAAAAAUCCAAUGCUGAGUCUUCAAGUGCUGUGGUUGAAGUCCCUGAGAAGAAAGAAUCCAAUGCUGAGUCUUCAGAUGCUUUGGUUGAAGUACCUGAAGGGAAAGAGGCCAGUGCUGAAUCUUCAGGAGCUGUGGUUGAAGUCCCUGAAGAGAAAGAGGCAAGUUCUGAGUCUUCAGGUGGUGUGGUUGAAGUCCUUGAAGGGAAAGAGGCCAGUCCUGAGUUUUCAGGUGCUGUGGUUGAAGCGCCUGAAGAGAAAGAGGCCAGUUCUGAGUCUUCAGAUGCUGUGGUUGAAGCCCUUGAAAAGGAAAACUCCAAUGCUGAGCCUUCAGGUGCUGUGGUUGAAGUCCCUGAAGGGAAAGAGGCCAGUUCUGAGUCUUCAGAUGCUGUGGUUGAUGUCCUUGAAAGGAAAGAGUCCAAUGCUGAGUCUUCAGGUGCUGUGGUUGAAGUCUCUGAAGAGGAGGAGGCUAGUUCUGAGUCUUCAGGUGGUGUGGUUGAAGUCCCUGAAGUGAAAGAGGCCAGUUCUGAGUCUUUAGAUGCUGUGGUUGAAGCCCCUGAAGAGAAAGAGGCCAAUUCUGAGUCUUCAGAUGCUGUGGUUGAAGUCCUUGAAAGGAAAGAGGCCAGUUCUGAGUCUUCAGAUGCUAUGGUUGAAGUCCUUGAAAGGGCAGAGUCAAAUGCUGAGUCUUCAGAUGUUGUGGUUGAAGUCCCUGAAGAGAAAGAGGCCAGUUCAGAGUCAUCAGAUGCUGUGGUUGAUGUCCUUGAAAGGAAAGAGUCCAAUGCUGAGUCUUCAGGUGCUGUGGUUGAAGUCUCUGAAGAGGAGGAGGCCAGUUCUGAGUCUUCAGGUGGUGUGGUUGAAGUCCCUGAAGUGAAAGAGGCCAGUUCUGAGUCUUUAGAUGCUGUGGUUGAAGUCCCUGAAGGGAAAGCAGUCAGUUCUGAGUCUUCAGAUGCUGUGGUUGAAGCCCCUGAAGAGAAAGAGGCCAGUUCUGAGUCUUCAGAUGCUGUGGUUGAAGCCCUUGAAAAGGAAAAAUCCAAUGCUGCAUCUUCAGGUGCUGUGCUUCAAGUCCCUGAGAAGAAAGAAUCCAAUGCUGAGUCUUCAGAUGCUUUGGUUGAAGUCCCUGAAGGGAAAGAGGCCAGUGCUGAAUCUUCAGAUGCUGUGGUUGAAGUCCUUGAAAGGGAAGAGUCCAAUGCUGAGUGCUGUGUUUGA